AUGACACAGGGCUUGGAUUCUAUAGGAAAAUUGAAAGACGUGGAUCUGAAUAUUUCACAAAAUGUGUCUGAGAAUAUUCCUUCCAAGUCACAAGACCCUACUAAAAGCUCCAAUGAGUCACUGGCUAUGAUACCUGGAAAUGUGAAUAUAACUACUACAAGGACAAACAUGAGCGAGAAUAAUGAUAUGUUUUCUCACUUGCAAUUAUGUGCACACAAUAAUUUACCUUCCUCCGAAAGUAUUCUCAAUCAAGAUGGAGAGGCAGGGAUAUCUGAUCCAGAGCUUGAUGCCACUGUUACUUUGCCAAGUGAAAGUUUGAUUGAUACAUCUUUUGAAGACUCUGAAAAUCAAAAAUCAGAGGUACUGACACCAUACCAAAGUUUGCUAGAGAUACGUAAACGGUAUAUGUCGAUUCCCCCACCACCACCACAAGCAGGUAUUAAUUACUUUUAUAUCGAGCCAAACUGGUUUCAAAGUUUUAUGACCAGAGAGUACGAUCGGAAUACUUUCACAUUUGCCAUGAUAGGCCCACUCAGAACGAUUCCUAUUGGAACGUGCCUAGACAAUUUAGAUCUUAGUUUUAUCUCUUUUGAGCAAUUUAAGUUUCUACACGACACUUUUGGUAUUGAAACAGACCAUCAAAUUAUUCAGCGUGAAACCGUAUAUUCCCUUACUGACCAAAAACUCAUACUUGAUCUCAAUCCACUUACAAUUAUGCCCCAUAUAUUCAGCAACAAUGCAUCGCAAGUUAACAAGUUCAUUUAUAAUAAAAAUAGCCAGAGCGAACUAAACAUCUCCACCUUUAACAGUUUAGAGGACCUGUACCAAAGGGUUUUGUCGGUUUUUGACCUAAACAAUACCGACCUGGGGAAUAUUAGACUAUGGAAAAUUGAACUUGAAUCCCCAAACUUGCCAACCGUAAUACUUCCGGCAACAUUGAAGAAUAUAAAACAAAAAAAAAUAGUUGAACUCAAGGAAAAUAGAGUUCAAACUCUAAAAAAUUUCACCUCAGGUCACAUCAUGCUGGAAGUUAGACAAAAUGAUGGAAUGUUUUUUCUUGAUUUUGGGUCUGACGUUAUUUUGAGCUCUGGCUUGGUUGGAUUGAAUAAUUUAGGAAAUACCUGUUUUAUGAACUCAGCAUUGCAGUGUUUGAUGCAUAUUCCUGAAUUGAAUUCAUAUUUUCUAUAUCGUUAUUUUGAAGGGGAGCUUAAUAGAACUAACCCAUUAGGGAAUGGUGGUGAAGUUGCUCAAUCUUUUGGUGCACUUAUAACGUCAAUGUUCGAUAAAAAAUACAUAGGAACACAAACUUCAUAUGCUCCUCGUGACUUCAAAUAUACAAUUGGUCACUUCAAUUCAAUGUUUUCUGGCUACCACCAACAGGAUUCACAGGAAUUUAUUGCUUAUUUAUUAGAUGGCCUACAUGAAGACUUAAACAGGGUUAUAACAAAGCCAUACGUCGAAAGGCCCGAAUUAGCAGAAGGUGAAACUCAACAUGACGAGGCAAUUAUGGCCUUAGCCAAAAAAUGUUGGGACGCCCACAAGUUGAGAAAUAAUUCUGUUAUUGUUGACUUAUUCGUUGCCUUAUACAAAUCUACGUUGACUUGUCCGGAAUGCAAUAAAAUUAGCAUCACUUUUGAUCCCUAUAAUGACCUGACAUUACCUUUACCUAACAACAAAACAUGGUCUAGUAAGUUGAGCAUAUUACCUAAUAAAGGUUUACCUUUUACUGUAAAGGCCAAAGUCCAAACGGAUAUGUCUUAUGGGGACUUUAAGAAAUAUAUUGGAGAGCAUACAGGGAUAAAUCCAAAUGAUUUAAUUGGUGUUAUUGUAUACCGAUAUGCAAUCACUACUGUUUUUGAGGAUCCUAAAUUUGACUCGGAGAAGACAGCUAUUUCUGACUUAAUUCCUGCUGAUGAGGAUAUCUGGUUUUAUGAAGUUCCUCGGGAAAACGAAACAUCAAUGCUAUUUCCUGUUUAUAGUGUACCUAAAGGUAACCACUAUAAAAAUAACUUUGCUCUUCCAUUUAUAAUAUCGCUAACUGACGAAGAUAGAUUGUCAUAUGGAAAAAUUCAGCAGAAACUAAAUGCGAAAUAUUCACAAUUGAGCAAAAAUGAAGUUUUUAAAAAUCAUGCUGAUACAGAAUAUGGAAAAUACACGUUUUCCGAUUUCAAAGAUACUGAAGGAUUCAUGAAGUGUGAUGGUGAUUCAAAAGAUACACUUCACUAUCGAUCAUUUGUUGAACAAGUUGAAAGAGGAUUAGUUGAAGAAGACGAUGUCGCUUCUAUGAUUUCCUAUGCCUCACCCUUGUCAUCUACAGAUGAACUGUUUGUUACAAAAAUUCUUGAUCCGACAAAUGGCAACGAUUCAGUUGGAUCUCGUGAAAUCACAUCUCCCUUCUUUUUACCAACAGUUGCCAAAUAUAUUUGGAAGAAUGAUCUUCCAAAUUUACUAGAUGAACUUCCAAGAUUGAAACGACAAUUAUACCUAUAUAAAGGCCAAGACAUGGAAGGUAUAAAAUGUAAUCAAAGAGUGGAUGAAAAGUUUACUGAUAAAUUAGAUAAGGACGGUUAUGUUGAUGAAGCGCCAAAACCUCAUGGUGAAGUCAUGGGGGAAUCUGGUUUAGAGAAAAGUUGUCGUUUCAUCGGCACCACAUCAGGAUCAAAUGGUAGUUCUGAGGUGGACACGACACCCGAAUCAGCCGAAUAUAUCACAGCCAAUGAACAUUCAGAUACAAUGUCAGAAGUCUCUAGGUACGGUUCACCUAGCUUAUCACCAUCUUCUAGGUCCUCUGAUUCCUCUUCUGCAUCCUCUUAUACUACCUCAUCAUCAUCAUCAUCAUCAUCAUCACCUUCAUUGUCUUCACGAGUACCGUCAUCGGCUGUAUCAAUUUCUCUGCUUUCAAACAAGAAUUCUAACAUUGGUGUUACGAGUUACUCAAAGGAGCUAAGAAAGGAAAUCAUCAAGCCUUACGUAGCUAUAAUCAACGAAUUUGAAGAGGAUAACUACAACGCUUGCUUUGCAUAUAACAAUACAUGGGUGGAUCUGGAAUUUGGCAUUGGUAAAGAUUUAGGGGAGGAAAACGAGUCAAUAGAAAAUACUUCUAUGAAACCAUUGACGCUAUAUGACUGCCUCGAGCUAUUUUCAAAGCCUGAAGUGUUAGGUUCGAAUGAUUUAUGGUACUGCCCAGCGUGUAAAGAACAUAGACAAGCGACUAAGAAGAUUGAAUUAUGGUCUGUUCCUGAUAUUCUAACUAUACAUUUAAAGAGAUUCAAGAGUUAUAGGAGCUUCAGUGACAAAGUCGAUACUACGGUUGAAUUCCCUAUUGAGGGUCUAGAUUUAACAUUUCAUGUAUCUGGCAGGGAUAAAGGGUUGAUCUACGAUUUAUUUGCAGUUGAUAAUCAUUUUGGAGGGCUUGGUGGUGGUCACUACACGUCUUAUGUCAAAAAUUUUGUUGACGGUAAAUGGUAUUAUUUUGACGAUUCUAGGGUCUCACCAGUUGAUGAUCCAAGUGAAGCUAUUAAAGGGAGUGCAUAUCUACUUUUUUACCGUAGAAGAACUGAAACACCAUUGGGUGGUGAUUUUUUUGAGAAUAUGGCAAGUGAAGUCAGAAAGAAAAGAGAAGAGGUAAGUAAGAAGCUUAAAGAGAAGCUUCUGAGGAAAAACAAUUCAGGCAAUACCAUAGAUUCCGAGUCUAGCGAUGAAGCUCCUCUGAAUAGGACUGAAGAAAUAACUGAGAAUCACCUUGACGUAGAUGAUGGGAAUAAGAGACGUAAGAUUAAAGAUAAUAAAGAAGUUCAAAGUGUUUUCUGUAGUAGCCCAAGAAUUGAGAAUAUUAGGGAUGAUAGAGAUAAUAAUAACGGCGAAGGUAUGGGUGUUAAUUCAUAUACUAAACCCAUUCCAUAUGUCUUUGAUGGAGACAAGAUUGAUUAA